AUGGCAUCGACCGACGCUCUCGAGCUGAAGGUGGCAUCGCUAGAGGCCAGGCUCAAGGCACGUGAGCUCGAAGCCACGGUGGCGUCGCUCGAGAAGAGACUAGCGGGUCCGAGCGGCGAAAACAAACAGGAGACGAAAGACCGGGCUCAUAAGGCGAUGCGGGAGGCAGUCAGGGCAUUCGACCACCAACUUCGAAUAUUUGGCACCUUUGGGGCCGUCCUUCAGAUCUCUGCGCUACUGCUGUCCCUCGCCAUUGCGCUCUCCUCUGCUCUCCUCGACGAAUCUAGCGCUCGCGUGUCUGCCACGGUCCUCGCCGCUGUCUCCUCUUUUUUGCUGGGAGUCGACGUGACGUGUGGUAUCUCAAAGCAAGCCGCCUACGCCGACAAGAGCUCCCGCACGCUCUCAUCCAUCCUCAAGAAGUGCGAGGGCGGCACGCUCGACGCGACUGUCGUGCAAACGGAGCUCGAUCAUGCGCUGCUGCAGCCGGAGCCUUCGCUGCUAGCGAGAGCAUGCGGCUGCUGCAGCGUCAGUAAUAGUCGGGUGGCCGCUCGCGACCUUCCACGCUGA